UCCCCACGUCUGCCAACCCCAAAGGGAACCUGGGAACACAUCCAGGACCGGGCCCAGGGGGUGAUGAGCCCUGCCUGGUUUAGGAUGGCAGAGCAGGAUCCUGUGCCCUCAUCCUGCGACUGCUUCGUGGCGUUGCCACCGCACACGGCCGCUCCUGCUGUCAUCUUCGGCAAGAACUCCGACCGCCCACGCCAGGAGGUGCAGGAGGUCGUCUACGUCCCUGCUGCCAUCCACCCUCCCGGGGCCAAAGUCCAGUGCACCUACCUGGAGAUCGAGCAGGUGGAGAGGACCCACGCGGUGGUGCUGAGCCGUCCCGCCUGGCUGUGGGGUGCUGAGAUGGGUGCCAACGAGCACGGCCUCUGCGUGGGCAACGAGGGCGUCUGGACCCGCGAGCCGGUGGGGGAGGAGGAGGCACUGCUGGGGAUGGACCUGGUGAGGCUGGGUUUGGAGCGGGGCAGCUCUGCCCGGGAGGCGCUGGAGGUGAUGGCAGCGCUGCUGGAGCGCUACGGCCAGGGAGGGAGCUGCAAGGAGGAGCCGGAGCCCUUCAGCUACCACAACACCUUCCUGCUGGCCGACCGCUCCGAGGCAUGGCUGCUGGAGACGGCUGGGCGCUACUGGGCUGCCCGGCGGGUGCCGGAGGGCAGCUGCAACAUCUCCAACCAGCUCAGCAUCGGCAGGGAGAUCACAGCUGAGCACGCAGGGCUGCGGCAGCGAGCACACAGCCAGGGCUGGUGGAGUGGGGAGGGAGAAUUCAGCUUCGCAGAGGCCUUCUCCCUGCCCCAGCAGCCACCUCGCAUGGAGGCUGCCAAGGCUCGGUACCAGGCUGGCAAGGAGCUGCUGAGGCAGCAUGCAGGUCACAUCACGGCGGAGACCUUCAUGGCCAUCCUGCGGGACAAGGCCAGUGGCAUCUGCGUGGACUCGGAGGGGUUCCGCACGGCUGGCAGCAUGGUGUCAGUGCUGCCCCGGGACCCUGCCCUGCCCUGUGUCCACUUCUUCACGGCCACCCCUGACCCCUCCAGGUCAGUCUUCAAGCCUUUCAUCUUCGUGGCUGGCAUCAAGCCCGUGCCACAGGUGGCAUCUCCCACCUUCCCUGAUGACCCUGCCAGGCAGGUCCCUCGCUUCCAGCGCACCGUGGACCGGCGCCAUCAGCUCUACCGCCGGCAUCAGGCCGCCCUGGAGAUGAUGGAGGAGGACCAGGAGAAGGGGCAGAAGCUGCUGGAAACACUGCGGGAGCUGGAGCAGCAGGGCCUGGAGGGGGUGAAGGAGCUGCUGGGGGGCAGGGUGACCCCCAGCCCCGAGGAGCUGGCUGACCUCUUCUUUGACUGUGUGGAGGCAGAGAUGAAGUUCUACACCUAA